AUGCAUCAAAUAACAGAAGCACAAGCAAUAAAGAAAACAAAUAAACAUAUUGCUUCAAUGUUUGCACGUAAUCGUGACACAACAAGUUCUUCACAACUGAAAGAAAAACUCGGACAUCAAUUGACUUUAAUGUGCUGCAAAGAUCUUCUUCCAUUUUCAAUUGUAGAAAAUGAAGGUUUCCAAGAUUUCUUAAUCUGUAACAAAAUCGUCAAUACAAAAUAUGAUAUUCCAUCACGAACUACUUUAUCACCGCUGAAUCUUAAUAAAAUUUAUAAUACAUGUGUUGAUAAAACAAAAGAACAAAUAAAAUUAUCAACAAACUAUCCGACAAUAACAUGUGAUGGAUGGAGUGACAAUUUAAGAACACAACCAUUUAAUGAAGCUCAUACAGGUGAAUCAAUAAAAGAUCUUGUAUCAAACGUUUUAAAUGAAUUUGGUAUAAAUCCAAAUAGUGUAAUUGUAGUAUCAGAUAAAGCUUCAAAUAUGCGCAAGGCGUGGAGAUUGUUAAAUGUCAUUCAUGUAUUUUGUGUUGGUCAUGGGAUUCACAAUUUGUUAAUGAAGGAUUGUUUUCAUAAUAUGCAUUACGUUUCAGAAAUCUUAGAUAAAGUUCAAUCAAUUAUUAACAAGCUUCGUUAUCGUCAACAUGAACUUGAAAAUGAAUAUUUUCGAUCGAAUGAAAAAAGUUUUAAUGAUCUACUUUUAUCCAUUGAUAAAGCUGGUGAAAUUAUAGAUGCAGAUUUAGCUUCGACAUAUAUUGAUGCUGAUGAUACACAAGUAUUGAAUGAAAAAUUUCAAAAUGAUAAUUUAGAAGUAUUACAGUUAUCAGAUGAUUUAAAAUUCAGAUUUCACACUUUGAAACAACGUAUUGUAACACGUUGGAACACAAUUCUGGUUAUGCUUCGCUCCUAUGCUGAUAACAUACCUGGUAUUGAAGUUAUAUUCGGUCGAUUAAAACAUUUCGAUUUAAUAUUAACUACUGCUGAAAAUGAAAUUGUUCGUGAUUUAAUUCAAUUUCUUUCUUUGUUUGAAUCAACAACUACUAUUCUAUCAGCAUCAAAAUCUUAUCCAACUAUUAGUUUAUGCUUACUGUUAAGAAUAGAAAUUGAAUCUUUGCUGCACAUUGAUGGGUUGGAAUCAUCAGUUAUCCAAAAUUUAAAAUGUUUAAUAUCAGCAAACUUGGAUAAUCGAUUUCCAGUAACUUCUCUGUAUAUUUGUGCAUUUUUACUUGAUCCAUCUCAAUUAAAAAUCGAUAUUAAUCGUUAUUUAACUCAAUGUCAUACUACAAAAGAAUUAAUAUUAUCUGAAAUGAUUAAACAGUUCAAAAUCAAUGAUUUUACACAAGCAUCUGCAACAAACAAUAAACACAAACCACCAUCAACAUCUGGUUUUGAUCCUAUUCUGGACGAAAUACAAAAUUAUUUACAAUUAGAUAUUAGUUGUGAUGAUGUACUUCAAUUUUGGCAAUCAUCAGGAAGUGCAUUUCCUCAUCUAAAACGACUUGCUCAAAUUGUUCUUGCUGUUCCUGCAACAUCAACUCCAAGUGAACAAGUCUUCUCAACAACUGGUCUGAUUCUCAACGCCAAAAGAACAAUGCUCUUACCGGAAAAUGUUGGGAAGAUACAAAUGAUUCAUGAUAAUUAUAAUCUAUUAAAAAAAACUUAA